AAUAAGAUAAUCGGCAGAGAUGACAAUAUAAAAUCUUCUAAAACCAACACUAAAUAAGACUUACAUAGCGAAAGCUGUCAAGCUAGUAAAGCUAUUCUUUCGUCCCACAACAAUCUCCGACAUGGAUAUUUCCAGCAGAGCCCUUGUUUUUAAGUCAGCCAUGAAAAUCAUAUGUAUUGUACUGGCUGUGAAUAUAUUUUUGGUGUUCCUCGCGAUCCAUUUUGGUGGUUAUCGGUUUGAUGACUUCGUGCUGAGCUCGUACAUGAGUUACCUGAAGGAGCGUCCCCGGCCGAUGACUCCAGAAUCCACGGACAGGGGAAUCAACAUGAUGGUGGGCCUAUACGUGGCCAUCCUUUAUUUGCUUUUCCGUACCAGGGAGCACCUGAGACUGCAGAAUUUGGAGGACAUCCGUCGCCAGCGGGAGUUCGAGGCUCUCUUCCGAAUGGAGACAGAGUUCAUCGAACAUUUGCGAUCCCAAGGCAUCGAACUACAGGAUCCCUCUUUGGAUUUCCCCGAUCCGAGCUGCGCAUAGCCGUCUUUGUCUUGGCGGGCGCAUUCAGGAGCCAAUCAAAUAUCUCGUUAAUGCCGCCGCCUUGGACAAUGUUAAUGCUGGAAUCAGCGUAUGAGUGUAUAUAUAGAUCGCACGGCUUGAUUGCCCAGAAUUGAAUUCAACAUUUGCCCGCCGAGCCGUGCUCUACACCUACCUACUCUGCUCAAUUACCCGACCGAUCCAAUAUAAUCCUCCUCGGCCGAGUUGAACGUGCUCGGCUGACAUUACUACACACACCACUUAUGUAUACCGUAUAUACUACGUACUAUAUGGAUGGAUAUGGAGAAUCGGAUAAUAUACUCGCCGACGGCCGUACACUUCCAAUAGUUCAUUGUUUGUGCCUGCGCAUGAGUAUAUUUUUAUCGCUCACUGUCCCUCCGACUUUGCCUCUGUUCGUGUGCACUUUUCUCUGUUUGAAAUAAAUUGUAAAUGAUUUUUAUUAAAA